GCCUAGACCACGCUGGACCCCGUCGUUAUGACACUAGCAGCACACGUGCGAGAGAGCAACAGUAGUGCCCCAGCGCCGACGGGCCUAGGGUCUGUCUGACCAUCAUGGCCUUAACCAAUCUGAUCAUGUACAAUGCGGUGCCCAUCUUGCCUCCGCGAGAUGAUACCGGCCCAGUGGUGUUAGACUCCAGUGAUAUGGUGAGGGACAUUACCCUUCUUGGAUUCUACGAUCUCUUCAGAUUUUGGGUGGAUGGAUUGUCAACACCGAACACACCUAGAUCUCCUGUGGAUACACCAAGUGAAACACCAAGUGGCUCUGCAAAUCCGGCCCUGAAUCAAGUCUUCACAUUUUCGGAUGAAGACAUUCAAGCGUACAACAACGGGGUAGGGCGGAGGGAGAGGGGACCUCGACGAGAAAAAACUUGGAGAGGGAGGAAGGUCCGCGUGAGACGAAGAACCGGUGUGUUGAAGAAAAGAAGUGUUGUAGUGGAUCAUCACCCCGUGGACCUGGAUGAAAUCCUCCGUCGUGAGGAUUCGGACACGAGUCACGUGAAGGACAGUCAGCAUGCAGUGGCCCAGUGCUUCACACCCGGUUAUAAGCCUGUGCCCGUUCCAUCUCCUCUCCCUUCGACCGAUUGGAGAGACGUGGGCCGAGAUCUUAAGAUCAUUGCCGAUGACUUCAAACAGAGGCAUGAUGUCCCUUCGUCCCUCACGGUUCUAGACCUGGAGGGCAUCGGUUAUGUAAAGAAACGGGACUACAGAAGUGGGGAUGAGGAGGACCAUGUCUUCGAUAUGGUUUCAAGUGAUCCGGUUUGUCUGCCAAUUGGUUUGGAAGAAGAUCCGAGACAAGUGUCUCCCUUGAAACCAUGCCUCAUGCACAUUCGAUCCCCGUUAUCUCGGGGACUCGAUCACUUCAAGGGCACCAUCAAGUUCAACGAUAUCGGCAUUCAGUAUACGCUGCCGCCUCUCGCUUUUUCUGUCUUCGAGCUUUGAUUAUUUUUCAGCAUGAAAUUUGCGAUCGAUAUCGUCUCGGCCUCAUUGAUUAUGGCCACUUAGAUCGUAGGAAAAACCUUUUUGUGUUUCUUGAUUGCCACCGUUGAUCUCAGUACUCGUGAAGAUUCUCCAUGUAUUUGGUUCAGAAUUAUAAUUCUUUUUUCAUUACGUGAUUGAACGUGUGAGCGCGUGAGGGUGUACAUAAGAAGAAGUCAGAGUUCGCCAGAACUGCGGAAUGGCUUUCGAAUGAUCUCAGUUUUCUUUUUUGUUUGGUGGGAGGCGAUAGAAAGAAAUCUAAGCCAUUUUCCACAGAACGGAAAUCAGAAUCUGUGAUCUCCUACGUUGUUUCCACUACGACUAUAACAAUCUGAUUAUUUUUUUUUUUGAGGGAAGAUAAGAGGAGGGACUUCCUCGUAUCGGGUGUUAACAGGGCAUUACGUCAUCGAGGUCAGUCGUCACUUUUUCCUCUUCCCUGUUGAGCCAAAGAUUUUUCUUCUUUUUGUCAUCUUGCUCACGAAGAGGAAGUUCCUCCUCCGCUCAUUAGCUGCUCAUUGUGAUCAUGGAACGAAGUCUUUCGAUCAGAGAGGGAAUUUUCUUAUUAAGAAAUCAGAGGGGUGUCACAAUAGAGAGCUCAGCCAGCAUCGUACAAAUCCACAUUGGUCUCAAUCGCCCACAAAAACUGCCUAUUACUGCCUUUUAGCAGGACCCGAAGACUCCAAAAUUUAUUGCUCAACUAGUCAUUGGUUGCAUUGGAAGCGAGAGCAAUUGGGAGGCAGAAUUCGUGUGAUGAUGGGUGUUUUGCUCUUGUGACAUUUGUCUUUGUCCUCUCUCAAUCUUGUACAUAAAAGAUCUGUUUCUCUCUCUCUCUCUCUCUGUCUCUGUCUCUGUCUUGGUACUGGCAUGAAAAGGAGCAGUGAUGAUUUUCUCUCUCUCUUUCUUUCGUGGCUAAAGAUAAAGAAGGCCUCCCGUGCCUUAACAAGUGAUGCUGAAACCCAGUCCUGUGUACUCAAUCCACGUGUGCCAUGUCUGUGUUUUUUUCGCUCUCUCUCGCUCCUGCUGCCCCCUCCGUACCCGAUGUCUUUCAUUUUGUAAGUAGAAAUUAGAAUUUGUAUACCACUUGAUAUAUAUGCAAUAAAAUUUCCUACAUGGGCUUGA